AUGUCGACAGCUGCAGAGCUCAAGUCACUGCUUGCCCCAGCAUCUACCGAACUCUCUGUACAGCGAGCUACAGAUAGCCUGAAUGCCCAAUUCACUUCUAUCGAUGAUUUGGAUCAUCUCGACACCAUGGCGCCUGAGGCCCAGUCCAGGAAGGAAGAACUGAACAGAGAGCUAUCGUCGUCCAAGGCAGCACUUCGUCAAUAUCUGAACCAGACUCGCGACGUCGCAGCUGGACUUCUGAAUACCGCAAAAGAACUUUCACUGGAACGGCAUACCUUGGCAGACGAAUUGUCUGAACUCAGCAGGAAUCUGGUUUCCGUAUUGACUGACGGGGAGCCUCAAUCGACACUACUCGAGGACCUGCAGACCCUACAUCGCAACUUGAAGGAGUUGGAGAGCGUAAGGCACUAUGUCCUGAUCAUUCGGCACACGUUACAACUGAGAGAGGCGGCGUUGGAACAACUGCGAACGGUGCAAUCCAUUUCGUUCAAAGCUCUGGACCAAUACAGCGAAUUACUGCAGUUCGUUUCCCGUGUUUCAGCCGCUCUCGGCUCUGUCGAAGAUGGCUCUGGAAAACAGAAACUCCAUCUUGUCAAAUUCUUGGAAGAAAUGCGGGAUAAGACAUGGCGUGACAUGAAAGCGCAGCUUGCAAGUUCUCUCUUAGAAGAGGCAGAGAAGAUCGGAUGGCCAAUGGCUGUUGAAUACGCUGCCUGCGACAAAGACAUUCGCCUGUCGUUUGAACGUGCAUUUGUCAAGUUACUACAACUCCGCCAAGUAAAGAUCAAGUUGCACGAGAAACACAGCUUGGAAGACACUGAAGGAGGGGGAUUAUAUCCUAUCGAAGCACUGGUUCAUCCUAUCGCACUCCGUUUCAAAUACCAUUUCGACGGCACUCGACAGACCAAUCGUCUUGAUAAACCAGAAUGGUACUUCACCCACAUUCUGAACAUUGCACACGAACACCGUCAUUUCAUGAACACCGCGAUACAACACAUCCUCGCCGCGUCCGGUUUGAAACACAUAUCCGCUUGGCGCGAAUUCGCGUACCUCCUCCUACCGAUACUAUCCAAGAAAUUGAAGAAAACGAUACCAAUGUUACUUUCUCGCCCUUCUUUAUUCGCACAUACAAUCCAUCAAGCCGUGAUAUUCGACGCCGCAUAUGUUGAAGAGGGUUUCCAGCUGCAAGGAACCUCGGCCCAAUCUGAGGGAGACCCUGACGCGACAUGGGAAGGCAUCAGCACAGUGAUACUGAGCAACUAUGAAUGGUUCAACGCUUGGUUGCAGGCAGAAAGGAACUUUGUGGAGGGCCAAUACAACGAGAUCAUAUCCGCGCAGGACGCCUGGACGGUAUCGGACGAUUCAGAGGAAGAAGCCAAUGCGUGGGAUCUCAAGCCCACCAACUCAGCACGGCGUGUCAAGGCUCUCUUCAACCAGAUAACAGAUCGCUUCUCGCCUUUACCAUCUCCCGUCCAGCGGACCCAGUUCUUGGUUUCAAUUCAAUUGACGUUACUGGAAUCCUAUCACAGCCGUAUAUCCUCCUCAUUGGACGCCUUUGAAACACUAUCCAAUGCAUUCCUUCGUGCGGUACCUGGGGCCCUAGCGCUGAGCUUGGGGAACCGGGAGGAAGGGAGCGUAAACGUCGACGCUCAGAACCUGACCACUGGAGUGGCCGGUGUACAAAGAUUGUGCAAAGCACUGAUUAGUGCAACCUACAUUCGAGCCGCCAUCGAGGCCUGGUCAGAAGACACGUUCUUCUUGGAGCUCUGGCAGGACAUUAGCAACGACCCUCCGCUGAGGCACUACGUAGAACAAUCUGUUUCCCUUCCCAACCUUGAUCCAGAAAACUCGGGAGACGAGGUCGCCUGCGGAACCAUAUUCGAUGAGGUGGUGUCCAAAUAUCAAAGCCUCAUUGCUCGAACGGAAACCAUGGUUGUUCAACAAGUGUGUGGAGAAAUUGAAGGUGGUUUACGUGCCCACUUCGUUGCUUCUACAAGUAUCGCUGCCGGUGAACCUUCAGAUGGAAUUGGGAUCUCUCAGACGCUGUUGGGGCCACUAGCCCUCUUAUCUUCAGAUCUCACUUUCCUUGCCGCUUCACUGCCUCAACACAUUUUGACCAACCUCUACCGUCGGAUCGCCUCUCGUUUAUCGGAACACAUCCUCCAUCGGCAAAUUCUCUAUCGGGGGAGUUUCUCGAGGCAAGAAGGUGCCAGUCUGCAGGCCGAGUGCGAGCUGUGGGUUGAUACAUGUCAUACUGCAUUGGGCGGGAAGUUGGGGGGAGGGCGACAGCGAGUGGAAGCCCCAUGGUCGACCUUGCUUCAAGCAGGGAGACUCGUGGGUUCUUCAGGCGAGCCAUGGGAGACCAUCACAAAUGCCACGUUUGGGACCCAGGAUGAAGUCGAGUGGGAACAAGUAAUGUUGGAUGUGACUGGUGUGUCAGAAUUGAGUAGGGAGGACGUAAGCAAGCUUCUCAGACGUAGAAACGACUGA